GCUGAAUUUUCCCGCGCGAAAUAGUUGACAGCAACACAAGGUGCGCGUUUAAGUAAUUGUCCGUAACACCAGUGUAAAACACUAUUUUGUUCUUUAGUCACCGUGGAACAUCCGCCCCAGAAGCUGUGUUAUUAACUGUUUAGUUGACCAUAUCAAAACCAGCACUUUGGAAAUGAAGGAUAAUCAAGAAAUAGUGAUAAAUGAUGAUGAUGAUGGCUGUACUCCUCCAAGAAAAAAGCUGAAGCAGGCACGUUUGCCAUUUCAAGUCUUGAUUCCUGUUGUGAAACCUGCAACUGAUCAAAGUACAAAGAAAAAACGUAAAUUGAGUGAAGAAGGUGAUAUUAAAGUAGCCAAAAUUGUAAAGUGUGAUAAAUCAGAUGUCCCACUUGAAGCAAAAGAAAAUGUGUGUGGUUCUGUUAAAUCUGAAAAGAAUGAAAAUAACUGUAAAAUAGCAAAGUCACUAAAAGAAAAUGAACAUUCUACAAUUAAAGAAGAUGAAAAGAACUGUCUUGGCAAAAAAUAUGACGGGCAUGAAAAUUCUGUUGACCACUUAACAACUAAAACUGUAAAAAACCCUACUGAUAAUACAGAACCUUCUCAGAUUGAAAACUCAGAAACCCAAGACUGUGACGCAAAGACGUCUGAUAAGAAGGUGGUAAUAGACAUCUGUGGGGAAGAUUAUGAUGACACUUCUGCUAGCAAACCUGUUGACUCAGUGAAACUCAAAGAUAGCACAAAAGCACUCACGAGUACAACUGUUUCUGCUCAACAAAGUGAUUGUGGGGAACAAAAUGUUGAUAAGGCAGAAUCUGACACUUUGAUUCAUGAUGGCACCGAAGAAAAGACUGACAAGGAACUGGGAAGUUCAGAAAAACCUGAAAAUGGGGAAAGUACAGAAAAACUGGAAAACGAGGAAAGUUUAGAAAAACAUGAAAAUGGGGAAAGCCCAGAUAAAUCUGAGAAGGAAGAAAGUUCAGAAAAGUCUGAAAUUGGCAAUUUAAGUGUACAGAAUGAAGAUGUGACGCCACUGAAACAACAGAAGGAUGACAGUGACUCAGGAAGCAUCAAGGGAAGCACCGAGAAAAAAAUGAGAGAGAGAAAAUCUGGGAAAAGUCUGUUAACACCCAAGAAUGAUAAGGCAGCUACAUCACCUGAAGUAACACCAAAAGCAAAGAAACUCACCCCAAAACAGCUACAGAAGCAAAUGGAAUCUGCAAAGAAAAAAGAAGAAAAAGAGCGGCAACGUUUGGAAAGGGAAAGAAAGAAGGCUGAAGAAAAAGAAGAGAAACACAGACAGAAAAUAGAAAAAGAAGAACAAAAACGAAAGGAAAAAGAGGAGAAAGAAGAACAAAGAAAAAAGGAGAAAGAAGAGAAAGAGAAAAAAAGGCUGGCAGAACUGGAGGCAAAACAGGAAGAAAAAAAACUCAAGGAAGAAGAGAAACGCAAAAAAGAGGAGCAGCGUUUGUUAGAGAAGAAAAAGAAAGAUGAAAAGAAACAGGCAGAAGAAGAUGCAAAAAGAAAAGAGUCAGCUGCUUUCACUAGUUAUUUUCUAUCAAGGAAAUCAGAUUCCAAACCUGUGGAAGAAAUAAAAGACAGGCCAUCAGAAACAUUUAUGCCAUUUGAAGUCAAAAGUGACAUGAGACUAGCUCCACUUUGUAGAGUAAAAUUUGAAAGUGAACAAAGAAAAUCCUUGGAUACCUUCUUAUGUGAGCAGAAUACUUCAUGCAAUUACCUGAAAGACCUCAGGAACAAGGUGCGAGUUCCCGGAACCUCUACAUCAACAUGGCCUGUGUCAGAAAAGUCAGAUGUUGUCAUUGUAGAUGAUCCUGAGGACGAGAUUAUUGGUGGGGCUGACAACCAGGUGGUGGAGCUGCACCCAGAAAUAAACCUGCCACGGCCGAAGCUCUUGCAGUUCUGGGACAACAGGCGGCCACCUUACUGGGGAACCUGGCGCAAGAAAAGCUCAGUCAUAUCCCAGAGAAAGCCAUUCAACAAAGACGAGAAAUUGUUUGACUAUGAAGUGGACUCUGAUGAUGAAUGGGAAGAAGAGGAACCUGGAGAGUCAUUACAUGGCUCAGAUGAUGAAAAGGAGUCGGAAGAUGAAUAUGAGGUUGACAAUGAUUUCUUUGUACCUCAUGGAUAUUUAAGUGACGAAGAAAACUUACACGGUGAUGAUGAGGAUACAGAAACUUUGUCACCCGAGUCCCAGAAGGCUAAACUUAAAUUACUGGAGCACGAAUUUGAAGAAGAAAUGAAACAAAAGACGGAACGCCUAAAACCAAGAAUAAUUGGAUGCAUUUGGACACACAAAAGUAAUGAUGCAGUGGGUUCUCAGCUGCUGAAACUCCUGAGCUCAAGGCGUGCAGUGUUCAGAGAUGGACCCAUAAUCACAUCCAAGCCAGAAGAUAGUCCUAAGACUGGUGCAUCAAAUGGUGAAUCCGAUCCAGUUGCAAGACGUCCCAAGAAGAGGCGUUUCCCUGAGUCAGCUGUACCAGCUCUCAUCAAGCUCAUCCAUGGAAACACCAAUGGAAUAAUUUUCCUUGUCAAGGAGUUUAUUGCCUAUUACAAAAAGGUAGGGAGCGAAACAAACAGCUCUGAACAGAAAACAUCUGAAAAAAAGGAAACUGAGACAGCACUCCCAAUAUCGAAAAACAGUACCUCGAAGAAGAUCAGGGAGCUGGCUUCAUGGACUACCUGCACAGACGAAGGCCCUCUGUUUGGCCGUAACUGCUGGUACGUUCCUCCAGAGACACGAGCAGCCCACGGCCUUCCUGAUUUAAUGGCGGGCAACAAACAGUGGGAGUACAACCUGAAACCGCGACGUCGUGAACCUGUGGAGGUUUCUCCCGUGACAUCUCCAGUAGCUGUAGUGGCGGAACCGAAGGUUUCCAUGUCAAUUACAAAGUUCACUAAGAAACUAUCUCGUGAGGAGUGCCAGAAACAGCUGAAGCAAGACGAGCAGCCACAGCCGGAAGCAAGACCUAGUUUCGGAAUAAAGACAUUUCUCAUCAAGCCAUCAGAGUCACAACCUGUACAGAAGAAGAGAGUUCCUAUUCUUGUAUCUGCAGCCAGAGGGCAAAAGUUGCCACAGGCAAGACAUAUAAUUCCAAAAAAAACAGUUAGUAAUGAAAUAGACACGUGCAAUAUUUCUGAUAAGUGUAAAGUUGAGAGUAAAACAGUUUCUGAGCAAAUACAGAGUCAGGUUAAUGGAAAAAAUGCUGAUGUCAACUGCACUGCAAGCCUAUCAGGUGUGGAAGAAGAAAAAGUUAGUACAAAGGCAGAGAAGAGUACAGAACACUGUAAAGAGAUUGUGUGUAUUGAUUUAGAUGAUUGACACCACUCUAACAUCAAAUGUUUUAAUUUAGUUUUUAUCAAUUGAUUACUUUAUGUUUUUCUAAUGCAGCUUUUUGAGGGAUGAGAGUUCAUUCUCUCUUCAUGUGCAUAGUUUAUAUUGUGAUUGACUUGCAGUGCAAGUUACUUGUCUUAAGGCUGACAAAUGACUGCUAUUUUAUCGCUGUUAACAAUUGAGAUGAUAUACAUUUUAGAUAUUUUCAUAAAAAAUAAAUAUUUGUUCAGAAAUGAA